UUGUUGUUGCAGCCGCCAACGAGUGUCAGUUUCAGCGCUGCCGCCUGCGGUCUCUCCGGUGAGGGUUCCCGGCCUCCCAGUGCCAAGGCCGCCCCGCGCCCCCUGCUCUGCGCGCUCUGGCCCCCCGGAGUCGGCCCGGGCCCCAAGUCCUAGAGGCCUCUACCCCGCGCCUAGAUGGCGAACUCGCCGGCCGCUGUGCCCCUGGGCUCGCAGGAGCAGAGUUACCCGAUCCGCGUGGAGCACGACCGUCGGCGCCGCCAGUUCACUGUCCGGCUCAACGGGUGCCACGACCGGGCUGUCCUGCUCUACGAGUACGUGGGCAAGCGGAUCGUGGAUCUGCAGCACACCGAGGUCCCUGACGCUUACCGUGGGCGUGGCAUUGCCAAGCACCUUGCCAAGGCUGCUCUGGACUUUGUGGUGGAGGAGGACCUGAAGGCCCAUCUCACAUGCUGGUACAUCCAGAAGUAUGUGAAGGAGAACCCGCUGCCCCAGUACCUGGAGCGCCUACAGCCAUGACCCUGGCUUGCAGGGCAGGAGUGUUCCUGCCAGAUCUUUCCUCACAGCCAUCGCCCUGGCUCUCUUCAUGCUCUCAGGAAACCUGGAUCCCAUGGGGGACUACUCAGAGUUAUUUUUCUAAGCAUGCUCAUCUGUGGCCCCUGGAGGUAGCUGGCCAAGGAUGGGCAGUAGUCCAGCAACUGUGGCCAAGGGGAGGCCAGGUAACUGCAGUCUGGCAACUCCUGCUCUGCAGACACUGGCUGGCUCUCAGAAGACCACACAGCCUAUUGUGGGCAGGCCUUUGAGGGCCUGUGGCUAGGACUGGGAUGUGAACAGGGCAUCCCUGUGGCCAUUCUGGGUCCCAUCUGUGUUCCCUGCUUUGUGAUUGGCAGAUGGGCUAUCUUGGCACCCCCCACCACCGCCGCCGCCUCUCAGUCUGUGACCUUUUUGCAAAUGAGGAGUGUGUUCCUCAAGCUGAGAAGAGCAAUAAGAAACUACGUGCCAACUUCUGAGAGGCGCAGCACCAGGCUGUGGCUGCCGUUGAUGCUGCCCCUUGUCUUCCUCCAGCUGUGUGCCCUGGCAUGAGGUGGCAAGGGGCAGCCCUCCCUGAUGUAUGAGGCCAGGAAUGGGUGACCGGAGCACUGGCUCAGGCCCCAUGGUGCACACAUGAGCCCACGCACACACAUGGAACUCUGAGUGCCAACCUGUGUGUCAGUGGAGAGGCCAAUAGUGGGAGCACUGGCUUCUCCCUCCUUGGUGCCCAUUCCCUUAACUCCUUCUUUGUCUGUCAGCUCUGUGGGAAACCAAGGUCCCUGUCCCCUGUGGCUACCCUGCCCUCCCUGUGUGCUUGUCUGCCAGGGGCCAGCUCCAGGUCCGGCUAAGCAUCGCAGGAAUUCCCACUACUUGCUGGCCUCCUGGCUACCCUGUGGGUGAGCUUUCUCAAGAAAGGACCCUUUGGAGCUGAGGUAGAAAGGAGGCACACUCCUCAAAAACCAUCCUCACCACCCCAAAAGAAACAUUUCUGUGGAGGGAUUUCCUUUACAGCUAUAAGAUACCAUGGUGAUAUCUGACGAUACCAUGGUGAGCUUAUGGCCCAGCGUGGUCUGUGACCUGCCUGGGGUCACAGGGUCCCUCCUAGACCAGCCUUCCUGGUAGUGUCCUGGAAGACACACCCCAGCACCCUCUGCUCAGCGCUAGCAUUUUUGUGGACUCCCUUUCAGGGGUUACGUAGGAAUCAGGGUCCUGACUCCAGUGCCCUGUUCCCCCACAGGCCAGAUCUCUGCACCUGCUCCUCUGUGGGGCAGGAGGGGAUGGACCCUAGGAGCUGGAGUCCCUUUGGGGCUGACACACAAGUUAACAGUGAAUCCCUAAGAGUGAUGUUUUCCCUGCAGGCCUCUGGCUUGGGGUUGGGGACCCCAGGGGAUGAGGGUGCUGGUUACCGUGGCAACCUGUCCAUGGAUCUCUCUGUUCCCAGGCUUAGGGACAAGCCCCCACCACCAUCACUGCAGCAGCUGGGUUGCCCUGUACACAGAGACCUUCCUGCCAAGGGUCAGGAACAUCUUGAUCUGCACAUGCACAUUCUGGCCUCCAGGAAAGAGCUCUUGGGAAAGAGCUUUAAGACAGCAUCCCCUUCCCACUGUAUUCCCCAGCUGUCUGCAACAUGCUACUGGGAGGGUGAGGGUAGUCUUUGGGCCCCCACUGUGCUGGGGAUUAACCCAGAAACUGCUGGCAAGAGGUGGGCUCAGCUCCUGGAUCCCUUCCAAGGCUGGGGCUGUCUAUUCAUAGCACAUUCAAGAAAAGGGUGGGCUGUAGGCCUCAGAGUAGACAGGCCAGCCCAAAGUCUAGGUCCCUCCCUUCCUAGGACCAUCUUCCCCAUUCAUCUCUCACCAAGUGUAAGCACAGAUUCUGUACUGAAAACUCCAGUGGCUCAGUGAGCUGGUGCCAUCUCCCUCACAGCCUGUGGGACAUAGUGACCCCGUUACAGGGGGGUGCCCUCUACAUAGGAUCCCAGGGCAAGUAGGGCACUAAGGGGUAGGUGGCACCAGAGGGACUUGUUCCUGUCCCCAUUGUGUCCCAACCCAAACCUGUGUUCUAACAGCAGGCAGCUCACCAUGCCCAGGCCAACCUGCAAACAAAACUUAAACCAAGAGCUGCUCAGGGUCCAGGGGGCGGGGAGGAAGGCCAUGUAGCCUUUGGCCCAGGAACAGUGUGUCCCCAGCUCCUUCACGUAUGACUUGGCCUCCAUGCUGCCUUACAGUGCUGCUGCCGCUCAGGGGUCUAAUGCUGUUCCCAGCCCUUGGGCUCCAGCAGAGCCUCGAGGCAGCAGCAGCAGCAUGACGCCUCUGGCAGGCUGGGGGUGCAGCAGACCCUGGCCUGGAGCCCUCGGCCAACAGCCAGUUGUGCCAUGGCUGGCCAGCUUCUGGUGCUGCCCCAGAUAUCUGACAUCCCAGCCUCUGUUGCCCCUGUACUGUUGCCCUGGGAGCCCUUGAUCUGGAGGAGAGAACCUCUCCACCCCCUUUCAGCAGGUUGCUCUCCUGUCACCUCGCUUUGUGAGUUUCUCUUACUUGCCUCAUCUCCACAGGUAGUAACUCAUGUGCCUUUCCUACUCAGGACCCAUUCUAGGGGAUGUCUGGGUCAAGGCUCCAGACCUCCCUUUGGUAUUUGUCAAACUCCUGAACAGACUGCCUGAAGUACAUUUCAAUAAAAGCUGGCCUAGUAUGUGGCUUUAGGGCAGCCUCUAGAGGAGGCCCAGCAGGUGCUCUGUGGCCAGGGGCUGCUAUGCCCUAUCUUGCUGGCAAUCUGAAUCCUGGCCACUUUUACAAUGAACAGACUGAAGCACAGCCAGCUUUGGGGGCUCACAGGGUGUGAGGGCAGGCUAGGCAGGAGGUCAGUGCCCUAGUCCUGCAUCUGUUCCUAUGUGAUUAACAGCAUGGUCCUCGUUCUCAAACGGAGAGUAAGGCUCUGACAAGCACAGGGGUUUGGCUGAGGCCUCACAGAAAGAUGGCAGUGGCAUCAGCAGGGGUUCUGGCACCAUGCUUUCUGUGUCCUUUGUCAACAGCUGCCUACUCCAGAGGGGAAGGCCCCUCAGAGGCCCUGGUAACACUUAACCUGCAGAGCAGCUGGGAGCCAGUUACCUGGAAGAGACUGUCAUGUUGCUUCACACAGCCUCAACUGUUAGACAUGUUUCUCUCUGCCUAGAAAGCCUCCUCUUGGGGCUUCUGGUCCAGCAGAGAGAGGUUGGGUACCCGUGCAAGCUUGUCGAGUCAAGUCACAAUGGCCUUAGAACAGGGUUGAGAGAGUCUUGUACCUGGUCCAGGGCCCUGUCUUGUCCCUCUGCUCCCUCGCCCAAGGAGGCAGGGAUUUUUUCCUAAGUGGCAUGUUUUUCCCCUAAUUCCCACCCCAGGGGUCACAGUGCCACCCCCAGCCAUUUGAAGAAGAGGAGUGACCCGCAAGUGCCAUGGGCUCCCCCAAUCUGCUCUCACUGGAGUCUCCCAGCAGCCCUGUGAGAUACCAGUCAUCACGCCCAUCUCGUGGAUGAGGAAACAGCUCGGUGGGGUGAGCAUUAGGUUGUUGCCCAUGUUGUUGGGAGAUUGGGGACAGGAUAUAUGCCACCUUUGUAAAGUGAUGUGCCCUUGUAUGCCAUGAAACCUUAUGUCCACUUAGGUGACAGAUGGCCUUGGAGGGCAACACACAUAACAUUUCUCGGAGUUUCCCUGGGCAUUUGGAAGGCUGAGGUGGGUUCUGUCUUGAGCUACAAAGUGCAAGGCUAAUUAAGGAUGCCUGGCUAUUGAAAAGAUGACAUUGCACAUAGAUCUGGGUUGUGACAAGAAUAUUGAUGGAGUGUGCAACCAUACAGUUGUCCCUUAGUUCAGGAGUCUCAGAUGUGAAGGCCACCCAAAUGUUCCCUCUACUGUUCUCAGGGUCCCACUUCUUCCAAAGCAACACCCUAAAUUUUAUAUGAGAGGGCCAGCAAGACUGUGAAUUCGACUUGUAACUGCAGCCUGCAGGAUCAAAUGCAGGGUUGUGUUUUGAGUUGUAUCCUCCUUAUGGCAAUAGGAUAUUAAACAGAUUGUUUUCUGGCUGUCAAA